AUGAAUAAAUGGAAGAAAUACUACGAAGAACUCUUAACGGAAAAUAGGCAGGAAUACGCCACAAUAUCACCCACAGAGAUAAAUAUUUCCGGAGAAGUUAUUAACAUCGACAUACCGCAAACGAAAAAUAACAGAGCCCCGGGACCGGAGAAUAUUCCAGCUAAAGAUGACAAAGACAUUAAAAAACGAAUAUCACAAGCUAGAAGAACAAUUGGCUGUCUGAAUGGAGUAUUUUGGAGUAAUGAAGCAGGGAAGAAACGGAAGAUCAAUAUAUACCAGACCCUGGUAAAGAGCAGUCUACUUUAUGGUGCAGAGACUUGGCGAAUAACGGAAGCCAACCGAAAAAAACUGGAAGCGGUAGAAAUGGAUGCCUAUAGAAGAACCUUAGGAAUUUCCCGAAGAGAUAGAGUCCGAAACGAAGAAAUCCAAGAGAGGAUAGGAAUAGAGGGAUCUUUGGCAACCGACAUCGAACGCCAACAACUUAUGUGGUACGGAGAUGUCCAGAGAAUGGAUGACACACGACUUCCAAAACAAAUUAUGCAAUGGAUACCCCAACAUCGAAGAAAACGUGGAAGACCUAAGAAGACUUGGAAGGAGGGUGUCACAAGAGCAAUGAGUGCUUAG